UUCGAAAACAGGCCAUGGCACCAUGUCCCACUCUUGAUCUGAGCCUUUAUCAUGAAACCUCACUCACACUCCAAAUAGUUGCAUCAAUUUUUUGCCUCUGCCUUGUUUUGUGAGAAUGCAAAUGGGAAAACUCCUAGGAUUCCUACUACUCUCCUCAACCCUCUUCAUUGGCUUAGUGGCUGCAGAUUGGAACAUUUUAAACCAAAAAAGAAAACAUGGGGUUGGAUCUAGCUUGAAGAAUUACUGUGAGAGUUGGAGGAUCAAUGUUGAGCUAAAUAACAUAAGGGGAUUUGAAGUUGUACCCCAAGAAUGCGUGGAGUACAUCCAGAAAUAUAUGACAUCUUCACAAUAUAAAGCUGACUCUGAGAGGGCAAUUGAAGAGGUCACACUCUACCUAACCAGUUGUUGCAGUUUGAAUGGUGAUGGUAAAGAUGCAUGGAUUUUUGAUGUUGAUAAUACUCUUUUGUCGACGGUGCCUUACUUCAAGAAACAUGGUUUCGGGGGAAAGAAGUUGAAUGCAACCUCUUUGGAAGCAUGGAUGAGAGAGAGUAAGGCACCAGCUCUUGAGCACACACUCAAGCUCUUCCAUGAGAUCAAAGACAGAGGGCUUAAGAUCUUCUUGAUUUCUUCAAGGAAGGAAACUCUCAGGUCUUUCACGGUUGAUAACCUCAUCAAGGUUGGGUACCAUGGAUGGACAAGUCUUAUGCUAAGGGGUCUUGAAGAUGAAGUACUAGAAGUGCAAAGAUACAAAUCAAAAGCAAGGCAACAUUUGAUUAAUGAAGGGUACCGCAUAUGGGGAAUUAUCGGAGACCAGUGGAGCAGUUUUGAGGGGCCUCCGAGUGCAAAAAGAACAUUCAAACUACCCAAUUCCAUUUACUAUCUAGCGUAGAAGUCUCAAGCUCAUCAUGUUCAUUCAAGUGCAAGCUAUUGUUGUUCUUCUAGACUGUCUCUUAUAGAAUACAUUUCUUUACCCCAUCCUGCACCUUCCUCUUUGUUCAAGGCUAUGAAUAUAUAUGAAACAUUUACUUUGGUAA